UUUGGCACGCGCAUUUACGCUCGGUGCUGAGACCAAAUCCGCGCUCGCGCACGAAAUCCACUUUAUUCUCCUGUAGUAGAGACGGAGGGCCUGGACCCACUCUGCACCGACAACCAAACAAUCACAUCAAUUGAAGCCUCGGACAGACGGUACACCGUGUUGAGAACGACGGAGGUCCCUCGGCGGAGCACAGUGACAGAGCAGGAGCGCUUCGGAGAGGAAGAAUGGCGGAUUCGAGCAGCACUGCAGCGGUCGGGGCCGCAGGCUCCAACAGCGCUGCUGCUGCUGAGGCGGCUGGCACUGUUGCGCAUGAUGGAGCGCCCGGAGCUACGGGACCUAAGUGCGGGUCCGAGUCUGUGAAAGGCCAGAUUUUUGACGUGGGGCCCCGUUACACAAACCUGUCUUAUAUCGGAGAGGGGGCGUACGGAAUGGUUUGCUCAGCGCUGGACAACUUAACAAACCAGCGUGUAGCCAUCAAAAAAAUCAGCCCCUUUGAGCACCAGACGUACUGCCAGCGCACACUGAGGGAAAUCAAGAUCCUGCUGCGUUUCCACCAUGAGAAUAUCAUCGGCAUCAACGACAUUCUCAGGGCACGGCACAUUGACAACAUGAGAGAUGUUUACAUCGUGCAGACUCUGAUGGAGACAGACUUGUACAAGCUGCUGAAGAGCCAGAGACUGAGCAACGACCAUGUGUGCUACUUCCUCUACCAGAUCCUGAGAGGUCUCAAGUACAUUCACUCAGCCAACGUGUUGCACCGUGACCUCAAGCCCUCCAACCUGCUCAUCAACACCACCUGCGACCUCAAGAUCUGUGACUUCGGCCUGGCACGGAUAGCUGACCCUGAGCACGACCACACAGGUUUCCUGACUGAAUACGUGGCUACACGUUGGUACAGGGCUCCAGAAAUCAUGCUCAACUCAAAGGGUUACUCGAAGUCCAUUGAUAUCUGGUCAGUGGGCUGUAUCCUGGCUGAGAUGUUGUCCAACAAGCCCAUCUUCCCUGGGAAACAUUACUUGGACCAGCUCAACCACAUACUGGGUGUCCUUGGCUCUCCAUGUCAAGAGGAUCUGAACUGCAUCAUCAACAUGAAGGCACGGAAUUACCUGCAGUCCUUGCCUGAAAAACCCAAGAUCCCCUGGGAAAAGCUUUUCGUCAAGGCAGACUCAAAAGCUCUGGACCUGCUAGGCCGCAUGUUGACCUUUAACCCCAUCAAACGCAUCACCGUCGAGGAGGCCCUGGCUCAUCCUUACCUGGAGCAGUACUACGACCCCACGGAUGAGCCAGUAGCAGAGGAGCCUUUCACUUUCUCCAUGGAACUGGAUGACCUUCCCAAGGAGAAGCUGAAGGAACUGAUCUUCGAGGAAACGGCUCGUUUCCAAGACAACUACCAGGGCUCCUGAGACACACAGCCCUAGAAAGUGACAAAGCCACAAAGAGGCUUGGAACAAGAUGACCCCAAACAACAUGCUAAAAACAAAAGAAAAAUGCAUCUUCAAGAAACCAAGAAAAAGAGAAAACAAGACAUAUGAACAUUUAACUGCUUAUCUUUCCAUUUCUACUGCAAGAGAGCUAAGUUUAACCUUUUUUUGUGGCUGAGUGGGGUGGUAGAGUCUGUCAUACCGUUUCACUUCUGUCCAUGUUGGACUCUCGAACCCUCUUGCCGCACACGUGUUUUCUCGUUUUUCCCACUUUAAUAUCCUGUCCUACCUGCAGUAACUCGCCUCUCCUCUCAUGUCCUGAUCUUCUUCAUCUCCUCUUCACCUGUUGCUGAUCCGUUCAUCUGCCUGUCGCUCCUUCUCAUAUAAACGCAUACUACUGUAUUAACCGACACCAUAACUCUCUUGUCUUGCUCCGUGUAAAUUACAACCUGGAAAAAAAAAAUCGAGGGCUAAAAGAACAGGGAUGGUAAUUGGGAGUGUGUAUGUAUAUACAAAAAUAUAAAGGCUUUUUUUUUUUCUUUUUAUGUGUGCUUGUCGCAGUUUCAGUUUGUACACCGUUGUUGGAGUGUUUCGGAUCAGUUCAGAGUCGUGUUUUGUAUGUUUUGGGGUUUAUAUUUGCAAGUCAUUUUUGAACACUUGAUUUUGAGACAGACAUUUAAUGUUUUUACUGGCAUGUUGGCAGGUUUAUAGGUUUCUUUGUUGUAGCUCCUUUUUUUUUUUUCUAAAAAAAAAAACAAAAAAAAUGUGUAUGACGUUCAUAUGAAUGCAUGCAUUCCUGAAAUUUACCAAAGUGGCAGAGAGAAGCAAGGAACUUGGCUGGGGAGCAACUAUGGAGUACGGCUUGUUUGACAAUUAGACCGUGAAUACAUUAUAUACAUUCGUAUAAGGGCAGAUAAAUGCUAAUUUUGAGGAAGUUAUACAUGAACAAAUCUUGAAAGUGAAAGAAAAUUGCACCAGAAAAACUUAAUAUUCAUUCAGAUAUUUCCAUAGUGAUACCUAAGUCCUAUUUUCCAGAACAUUCCCAGUGCCAUGGUAACUGUAAUCCUUUCUCGUGGCACUUAAAUCAGCAGCACAUGCGAGAAUCGGACUUGAGAACAUGAGCAACUCUACCUGGUUUACACUGGGACGAGCAGCGCAAAUAACGCCUGUUUGCAAAUGUGACAUGCUUUUACUGGGCACACUAUAAUAUUUUGUUGUGUAAAAUCCCCCUUUAAAUCAAAUCUUAACCUCAAAUAGCCCAUCCAUUGUUUGUAUUACAUUCCUAAAUUUGCAUUCCUUUCACUGAAUACAUCAUAGUCUGGAAAAUGGGGCCUGGUUGACACUGGGACUGUCCCAGCAUCAGCCGCCUCUUUCCUACCGUGCAUCAUCUGUACAAGAUGGAAUACAGCAGAACCCUUACAAGAACAGCAUGUUUUACUACAACUACUGAGACAACUGUGUCACUGAAAAAGCAGCAACAAAACAGUGGAUUGUCCAAGUCCUGUACAGUUAAUCCCACUCAUUGACCUCAUAGCUGUACAUAUCCCAGUUUGCCCCUCUCUGCCUGCUUUCUUUUUUGGGCUCCUCCUUCUUCCUGUUGCCUGUGUACUCUUUCUCAAGUGUUUAUUCUGUAACAUGGGUGAUCUGGUGAUGGCUGCUUGUGUUUGCAUGUAUGCGUGUUAUUUCCCGCUGCCUCCUCCCCUCCUCGCUCCCUGUUGCUCCCUCCUCCUCUCUUACGACUGUAAUAUUUGCUGCUCUGUGGGACACCACCAGCUCAGUCAGUCUGCACUAAAUUUUGCCUGUCGCUCUGGGACCAGUGGAGUAAAGCCCGUAAAUGGACCAACAACACAUGCACUGGAUCCUCUCAGGGCAGGCUUAAAGACCCCACAUCAACCUCUAGCAGCAAUCUUACACCUUCCAGUCAUUUUUGUUUGUUUGUUUGCUUUUCCUCUCACUGAGCCAAGUAAUUGGUUGUUCUCCAGAAGCCAUAGCCAGCACUCUCUCACCAUCACAAGGAUUGGUGUGAGGCUCUUUUUUUUUUUUUUUUUUUUUUUUUUUUCCUCGAUGCAUGUGGUGAAAUUCCCUCCGUCAUUCAUCCCUCCCAACUCUCACCACGCUUAACUCAAAGGGCUGCCUCCACCUCUUCCUCAUCCUCUUCCUUCCUCCUACCCUUUUCUGCUUAUUUGGAUCCAUGAAAACCCUCUAACCCAUAUUUUUGACCGUGCUGCCGCUUUCAAUUUCCCGCCUCCCUCCUCGGGGGGGAAAAAACUACCAGAAGGAGCUGCGAGUGGCGGCAGUCAGGGAGCCAAUCACAUGAUUCAAUCAGCACGCCUGCACUUUGUCUCUCCAGCCACGCUCUGCCCCCCCCCUUCGAGAUUGUUGGGUGUUGUUUUCCCUUCCUUGUCUUGCUCAGCUUUAAGUUUUACCUGCUGUGUGUGUAUGUAUGCUUUUUUUGGAUUGUCUGCAGUAAUUUAUGUCAGUGUAAAAGUAUUUGUGUAUCUGCUCAUCAGUAACAUAAAGCCAAGACUCUUUCUAUCUCAUUCAUGUGUGUUUGGGAUGAGUUUCCUUACAGCUUGGGCAUUCUCCCAGAUGUUACUUUUGCUUUACAUCUGCGGGACUGUUGUGUGUUUUGUUAUUUUUCUUAUUUGACCAACAAAAACACAUCAACCAGGCCCCGCUUGCUUUUCCUCCAACCUGCCACCAGACCAAACAUCUCACUGGGUAACCAUGGGAACGAACCAAGAGGACCACGUUUGCGAUCCUCCUGACGCACACACAGUCUCUCUGUAUCUGUGUGUUUGUGAAAACUUGCACUUAAACGCACCACGUACAUUCAUACAUUCAGUAUCUCUGAGUCUAAAGGCCUAUUUCCAGAUAUUGUUUUAAAAUGGCUGUUAUUAUUGCUAUUGUUGUUCUACUGGUGACUUGUAUUUUUCUUUUUUUUUUUUUUUCUUUUUUUUUACAUAAAAGGGAGUCAAAGUUGUAUCUUUUUUUAAUUAUUAUUAGGAUGUUUUUAUUUGUAUUCCUUAUUUCUCUUAUGGGCGUGAUUAUUAUAGGCAGUGUUUUCAGACUUUCUGAUACAUUUUCUUUGUUUUUUUUUUCCCCCCACCAAGAUAUGAGGAAUUAUUUUAAAAGAAGAUAUUAGUAGAUUGUCAAAGAGAUAUGAGUUAUUGAGGGUUAUAGUCUGUAUAUUCUAUGGGUAUUAUGAAUUAAACGAUUAACAAAGAAACAGAAUUAUAUACAUAUAAUUAAAUAAAAUUUCCUGAUACUGUUACAACUCUUUGUUCUGUUUUUCCUUCUGUGCUCUGCUACUGUGGAUGUUUUUAGCCAGUUUACAUUGUAAGAACAAUAAACUUAUAGAGUGCUUGUUGAAAGAACUCAAAAUGAUUUAAGUUGUACUCUCAUCAUGAAGAGUUGGAAAAAGCAGCUCCAGAGUUGUGGGAAAACUCAGUACUCUGUUGCAUAUGAACUUGCUUUUCCUGCUGUACAACAUACCGCUCUUCCUUAAUAACAUGUCUCAACGUGGUCUCAUAAACCAGAAGCAUUUCUGAAGUCUUUGACAAGAAGAUCUCCACUAAUUCCUGCUUAGAAGUUUAAUAAAAAAACAACAUUGCUUUA